AUGUCAGAUCAAGCCUGGAAAACCAAACCCCCGUAUCAAAAGCCCGACCAGUCCUUCAACAAGGUGUUGCAAGGCGCUUGUCAUUGCGGCCAAGUAAAAUAUUGGCUGAGUAAAGAUAGUCCACUUGCCUCCAAGUACUGUCAUUGCAAUGACUGUAAAGUUAUCCACGGCGCCCCUUUUCAAUGGGCAGCUAUAUUCCACAAAUCAAACAUGGCAUUUGAAAACGGUAUCGAAAACUUGCGCUUUUACAACUCCGGUUCCAAGUCGUUGGAACACGAGUUACCCUGCAAAGUGAGCUGCUCCCAAUGCGGGACACUUAUCAUGGAUGAAGGGCGGAACAUGGCAUUGCUCUUUCCAACGCUCUUGCUGUUCCAGAAUGAAACACAAAAGAAGAAAUUUGAGGUUCAAUGCCAUAUCUUCUACCCUCAGAGGGUCGUAGACUUACCGGACGGUAAGCCAAAAUGGACAGGGUUAGAUGGCAAAAGCGAGCUAGUGGACGAAAUCUAA